AUGGAUGACAGAGAAUUUCUGCCAAAUGAUCUGCAAAUAGAUUUUGCUGACUAUAGGGUGGAAAGUUUAGCAUCUCAUUUGGUUUCUUCAGCUGAUGAAAAUGAAAAUCGACUUGACAAUGAUGGGAAUGAGGUUCUGACCAGUACUAGCAUUGCUAUGGGACGACAGGAUAAAGGUGAGCAGGACAGCAUCAAUAAUAAUGAGAAUAUGGACAGUGGAGACUGUACCCCAAGCUGUAAGGAAAGUGAGACUGAGAGGAGAUCUGUAAAUAUCCAUAUGGACCCCCAGCUGGAGGAAAAGCCUAUUGCAGAAAAACAGCCAGGUGGAAAAAGAAGUCCAAGAAGCAAAAGAAGCUCCAGUAAAAAAUCUAAAGGAGUUCCUACAGUGGGAACCACAGCAAUCAAGGAGGAAAAUACUCUUAUUACAGAUACAGAUUCUGUGCAUGCUGAAGGUGCUGUUGAAGCAAUUGAAAACUUUCACCAAAAAGAACAAAAACAAACGUUGCAGUCUCUUUUCUGUUUGCUCCGUGAAGAGGUUGAGCAGAUGGAUUCAAAGAUACUGCCCCUGUGUCUCCAUCAGAUAGCUGAGACCUAUUUUCAAGAGGAGGAAUAUGAGAAGGCAAUGAAGUUCAUUCAGCUUGAACGACUGUAUCAUGAGCAGCUGCUUGCAAAUCUUUCUUCCAUUCAGGAGCAGUGGGAAAGAAAAUGGAAAACAGCAGUUCCUAGUCCAGUUACACCACCGAGGAAUUUAGCUAAAGAACUGAGCGGUGAAGAGCUGGAAAAGCUUACUAGAGUUUGCUCUUCGCAUCAACAGCCACAGGCAUCCAAAAAUAAGCUAGUAGCUGCAGAAAAUACAUGUGAAAGCGGUUGUUUGCUUCAGUUAAUGGAAUCAAAAAAUUUAAAGGAAAGAGAAGCUGCUGCUUUUAAAUCAGGUACUGAAACUUGUCCUGGUGUUGGAUCAAAGAAAGAAGAUAAACAGCUGAGCGCUAGUUCUCCGGGUGAAAACAAAACUGAGAGACAGACAGAGGCAGCAAGCCUUUGGGUAGCUGCAAGAAAGGACCACGUGGAGGAGCAGCACUGCAGUGCUGAAUCAACAUUGGAGCCACACACCCAGUCCACAGGGACAGUGGGCAGGCCUUCUUCGGGCUGUUUAUUAUCUGGGGAUGCCGGUAAAGAUAACAACAGUUUGCAGCUGAGAGAAAGACAGCUCUCUAAGGAUGUGGAAGAAAUAGAAGGCACAGCUGGGGAGCCUGGAGUGAAACUCCCUCUUGAGCCAAUGGUAGACGCUUUGGUUUUAACAGAUGCUGAUUAUAUGCCUACUGAUUUGGUUCCUACUGAUAAAGAUGUGCAAGCCGAUAGAAAUCUGCUCAGAUCAAAACAUGCUGCUGGCUCUUCAGAAAUUGCUAGUGGCCAGCUUGGAAAUAGUGAUUUAAAGCAGCAACAGAAACUGCCUGAUGAUGAUGAUGAAGAAUCUUCGCAGGACAGAACUGCAUCAAAUGUAUGCUCUGGGUAUAAUAAAGUGUCUGAGCAUGAGAGUACUGCCCAUUCUCGAGUGUGCGAGGAAAUACAGAGAACAGCAGGACAGGAGGAGAAGGUAAAUAAUGAAGAACAAGAAGAUUUAUUUCUCAGAUUUUUAAAUGGUAACAUAAUAGACACUGAAGAAUCAUUUGCAAACUUAGCAACCCAAGAGGACUUUGACACUGUUCAGGAUAUUUCACCUGAACAAGCAUCUUACAACUCACUGGAAGCUUUAUCACUAGAUGACAGCUUUUCUUCUCUUGAUGAACUUGCAAGAAGGAUAGAGAUUGCUGAGAUUGCCCCAGCAGAAGGAUUGGUGUCUAUACUAAAGAAGAGAGAUGACAGGGAAGGAAAAACAAUUGCUCAAGUCCAGCAAAGGCAAACAAAGAGAAGAGUGCGAUUCCAAGAAAUGGAAGACACAUUGGAUCAAG